UUGUUUUCAUUGUUGUUUUUGUUGUUGCUUUCAUUGUUGUUGUUGUUCUUGUUGUAUGCUAACAGCCUUUCCCCUCCCCUUGUCUUCCAGGAGCCUAGCCAUGGAGAGCCUGCUCCUGUGCCUGGCACUCCUCGCUACGCCCACCGCCUCCAUGCUGUGCCCCAAGCGCUGCACCUGCCAGAACCUCAUGCCCUCCUACACUGUCCUCUGCACCAAGACAGGCCUGCUCUUCGUGCCGCCGAACAUAGACCGACAGACGGCCGAGCUGCGCCUCAUGGACAACUUCAUCACCACCCUUCGUCACCGUGACUUCGCCAACAUGAGCAGCCUCAUCCACCUGACGCUGUCGCGCAACACCAUCAGCCAGAUCAAGCCGUACGCCUUCGCCGACCUUCAGGACCUGCACGCCCUGCACCUGGACGCCAACCGACUCACCAUACUGGAUGACACCCACUUCCAGGGCCUGGUCAACCUCAGGCACAUGAUCCUUGCCAACAACCAGCUGCACAGCAUCUCUGAGGGGGCCUUCCAGGACUUCCUGGAGACACUGGAAGACCUGGACCUGUCCUACAACAACCUGGUGAACAUCCCCUGGGAGACCAUCGGCCUGCUGGCCAGUGUCAACACCCUCAGUCUGGACCACAACCUCAUAGAGAUGGUCCCCGAGGGCAUCUUCGCCAACCUGCACAAGCUGGCGCGUCUAGACAUGACCUCCAACAAGCUGAAGAAGAUACCUCCAGAUCCCCUGUUCCUGAGGAUCCCAGUGUACGCUAAGCUGAAGGGUUCUCCACUCACGUCCCUGGUGCUGAGCUUUGGUGGGAACCCGCUACACUGUAACUGUGAGUUAAUGUGGCUGAGGAGGCUGACCAGAGAAGACGACCUGGAGACCUGUGCCUCUCCCCGAGAGCUCGCCGGCAAGUAUUUUUGGACCAUCCGCGAGGAGGAGUUUGUGUGCGAGCCGCCCAUGAUCACGCGGCACACUUCCAAGAUGUUUGUGAUGGAGGGCCAGGAGGUGAGCCUACGCUGUAAGUCAGUGGGUGACCCGGAACCUUACACGCAUUGGGUCAGCCCCGAGGGGAAGCUGAUCGGGAACACGUCCCGCACCAUCUGCUAUGAGAACGGCUCUUUGGACAUCCUCACCACCACUGUGAAGGACUCUGGGAAGUUCACCUGCAUUGCCUCCAAUGCCGCCGGCGAGGCCACAGCGCCUGUGGAGCUGGUGGUUAACCCCUCGCCACACUUUGACCCCAAGCUGGAGCCCGAGCCUGGCCCUUCGGACAUCCCCACCUCCAUCAAGUCCAACGCCAGCGGGGGCCACGCCCGCAUCGACCAUCAGAGGGUCAGCGUGUCGGAGCUGAGCUCGACUUCGGCCACCAUCCGAUGGCCCUCUCAGGACCACAUCCCGGGGGUCCGCAUGUACCAGAUCCAGUACAACAGCUCCUCCGACGACAUCCUCAUAUACAGGAUGAUCCCUGCGUCUCAUAAGUUCUUCCUACUCAGUGACCUGGCCUCUCAGCGGGACUAUGACCUGUGCGUGCUGGCGGUGUAUGACGACGGCGUCACGGCCCUAACCGGCACCCGCCUGGUGGGCUGCGUGGCUUUCACCACAGAGCGAGAGUACCGCCAGUGCCGCUCCCUCCACGACCAGUUCCUGGGCGGCACCAUGAUCAUCGUGAUCGGCGGUAUCAUCGUGGCCUCCGUGCUCGUCUUCAUCUUCAUCCUCCUCAUGAAGUACAAGCUGCACAGCAACCACUACAAGCAGAAAGCGGCACAUGUCAGCAACGUGUGCUCUCAGACCAACGGGGGCCAGGCUGCGGGCGGGGGAGGCGCUCCCAUCCCACCCUCGUCCUCAGGCUCGACCAAUAGGCCCAUGCCUUCUGGCCCAGUGGACAGGGUAGGGCACGACGGACCCCAUCAGGCCUCGGAAGGGGGCUUCGGAGGGCCCUUGAAAGGGACCACGGUAGUGGACUUGAACCCAGACUACGGGAAGUCAGUGAAGGACGAGGAUGCUAUAUCACAAUAACACAGGAUCUGGGACUGCCCCAACGCCACCCACUUUUUAUUUCCUGGUGCUGGGGUCCCUCUGCCUUACCAAGGAUUAUCUCGUGUCCAAGAUUUGCACAUCACCCAUGCACGUCCUCUGAGGUGGCGGGAUGGAGAAUGGAAAGGUGAAGUCCCCCUGGUUCAAGGAAGUUGGAAAAACACAAAAUAAUAAAUAUGAAGCCAAGAACAGCAUUGGGAGUAGAGAUGGGGUGGAUGCCAUGGAAUCGCUGUGCUUUGUCACUUAUGCAAUUCUAUCCGGAACUGGGAUGUAAUCCAGCACUGUGGAGUGGAUGGAAAUGUAUUCCAAAACCUGGGGCUUCUUUUAAUGCGUGAGGAAUGAAUUGACCUUAACCCAGACGCCUAACAUUCCUUUCGGAAUACUUUUUGGGAUUCCCAUUGAAAUUGCCUACUACAGAGGAACACCCUUGGAUGGUUUUGAUGAUGUGUUGUGGGUUUCGUAAUUAAGCUCCACUCUCCCUUAACGAUCGGUCAUUUGCCAAAGGAAUACAAUAAGAGGAAAAGGCGAUACAGUGUUUUGUUCUCCUCCCCGAGGGCCUUGGAAGUGUUGGCUCACAGCGAUGUCGCGUCGAUGCACCAAUAUCAAACGGUUGUUCUUUGAUCUCUAGGGCACGUUAUAAUCUUUAUAAUCCUCUCUCGUUCUUUCUCUCGCUCUCUCUUUCUCUACCCCCCGCCCCCCAUCUCUCUCGCUCUCUCUCUCUGUCUAUAUGGACAAUUAAAUAGUAUAUUCAUCAAUUAAGAGAUCAAGUACAUCCAUUUUGGACGAUGGUGAAAAAAAAAUCAUGUUAUUUGGCCAUGGAUAUCCCAACUUGGAAUAAAAACAUGGGCUCUCAAGAUGAGGUCAAAAUAAGAACCUGGAUCUGGUUUGGUUUGAUUACAUGAACUUACAGCACAAGUAUUGCGUUUUGGUUUGAUGGUGAAAUGGUGAGUUAAGUUUCAUUCUGGCACAAGAAACCGACCCUAUUGUAUAACACUUUCCAACUGAAAAGAUGGACACGUAGAUCAAAUACAAUUUUUCCCUUACUGUUGACUGUGUAUGUAUUUGUAUGUGAGAUAUACCUUCAAUUUUCUCUGAUUUGAUACCCAUAUUUCCUUUGAAUUAUGAAACAACAAUAAGAAAAAAAUACGUGAGAUGGAAUUGUAUGCUUUCAUAGGUAAAAUAUGUGGAUUUAUAAAGAAAUAAAAUUAUUUUUCUUGACGCUGUGCAGCAACAUUAUUCACACAAUUUCUGAAGCUAAUCAUAUUCAUAGAUUCAUAAUUGCAUUAAGUGUCAAACUUAUUUUACAUGAAGAAAAUGCGUUAGAAGCAGUGAAUUCAUCAGCUUUGUUGGUCAGUUUUUAACCAAACUGACCUCAUGACAAUGUAAUCACAGUUACAGAAGUAUGGUUUUGCCACUAAGGGUCGCCAGAGGCUUUUUUAGUGACGUUAACCAGUCCCCCUCAGCUCAGUUCAACUCAGACAUAGAUUAGUCUGGGAAAGACAUAUGAGAAGCAGGCAUCUCUAUCUUGGUUGAGUUCAUUGUUGCCUGUACAGGGGUAUUUCUCAGCAGUUUAGGCAAGAUAUAUACAGUAAUACUACUUGAACCCUUUGCCAUGAAGUUGUCCUUACUUACACUGUCCAUGUUAAUUAUAUACAUGCUGUAGUAUGCUCCAAAAUGCUCCUUUUGCCAUGGCCUGAUACAGUUUUGUCUAAAACAUGGGACGUGACAUGUUAACAACAGAGUAAGUAACAGGGAUAUAGAUGCUAGUGGUUAUAUCAUAGCCAGACACCCCUAAUCUCUGAGACCCUUGUACUUUCCACAGACUCUGUUGACGUGAUUAACUGUAGGUGUUCUUCUGCUUUCCAGCCUGUGGUCAGACAGUCCAUCUAUGCCAUUGUUUACAUAUGCUGUGUCAUUGUGCUAGGCAAAUGUCCAUGGGCAAACCAUAUAUAUGCAGUAUGUAUUUUAGUAAAGCAAAAAGCAUCAGCAGGAUUGACAAAAUUCACUGAGAUUCAUGUGCAAUUGCUUAUUAGCAUGUUUUACAGAAGGGAGCCCAAAAAUUGCUUUGCAAGGUAACCAGUGAAGUGGUUCCACUCUCAGAUAUUGUUGUCAGCUUUGCCUACAUUAUGGUAAAUCUUUACUAUUAUUGAUAUGUCAUUUAUCAAUUUUGAUGCUUUUACAGCAGAUUCCUAUUCAUGCGAGUGCUGAUUUACGCAAGAAUAUCUGCUUGUCUAAGAGAAUGUCUGAAUGGAUUUAGAGCUUUUCAAAAAGGCUGAGAUUGCCUCUCACUACAAAACACUGCACAUCACCUCUAUGUGAUUAGAUUCAGGAGAAAGUUCUGGAUCCCUUUUCUAACUUUCCUCUUCACUUUCCAUUAAAUGUAUGACUACCUUUAACUACUACUAGGCCUACCUUUUUGACGUUGACAUUU